CUACCUACCAUGGGAAAAAUCUAUUUGCGUUUUAAUUAAAAUUUUCACUAGAAUUUUAAAAAUAAUAUUAAAAGUACAUUAUUAAUACUAGAAGUAGUAACAAUAACAAAUAAGAGUAUAUAAAGCUUAGAACUUGCAGUUGGGUACUUCAAAGACAAAGCUUCACUAUGAAAAAUUUGUUAGUUCUGUGUCUGCUGUUGAUCAGCUGUUUAUUAUGUAGUGCCCAAUAUGGCGGCGGUGGAGGUCCUAUUGGUGGUGGUGGAGGCGGUUCAUAUGGUGGUGGCGGUGGUCCCAAUGGUGGAGGCGGUGGCGGUCCAUAUGGUGGAGGUGGUGGCGGAGGAGGAGGUGGUCCUUAUGGCCGUUAAUAUGUUUAAAGAUUGUUAAAAUGAAAUUGUUUUAAAUAAAAUGUUUAUAAAAAGAAAA